AUGUCCAGAGUCGAGGCUUUCAGGGACACAAACCAUCAUGCCAAGCUGAGAGAGUUGCGUACCGACAUUGCUAUGGCUGUGGAUGACCCUUUCCCUCUUGUUUAUGGGUUGGCUGAUAAAAACAUCAUCACUGACCAGCUUCUAAAGGACACACUGGAGAGGCAGGGUAGAGAAGGGAUCCACAAGGCCAUGUAUUCCCUCCUGUCCUGGGUCCUGGAGCAGAGCAGAUCCACGAUCCAGGCCUUCUGGAGCAGCUUGACCAAAGACUACAACUUGGACAGCUACCCCAAGCUGCAGGCCCUGCUCUCUAACCUGCAGUCUGGAAGUGAUUCUGUAGUGUCCAGAAAUGGGAAGAGGUCCCCAGGAGCCGUGAAAGCACCUCACAACAAGAAGAGGAGCCGGGAUGACAGGCUGGCAGCCUCCCACCAUUACCAUUCGCUGUACCACGCAAAAACCAACAAUGGACCAGGCAGUAAAAUGAAAUUGUACAGAGUAAAGAGUGAAGCUCCAGUCCCUCAACUACCAUCGGAAAAUGGUGUGCAGGCGGUGUGCUCAUCAGUCCACAGAGCCGCCACCCUGUCCUCCUCCUCUGCCUCCUCCACUGAGCUACCAGUCAGCCAUGAAGUCAGAGAGGAGAUCCAUAUCAAGCAAUUAUUUGGCCCUGAUGGGAGUGCUAAAAAGUGCAUUAAGGUGGGAGGGGAGUAUUGCUCCUCUGGUCCAUUAGAGGAGACAAAAGGAACAACCGCGUCCAAAGCUGCUCAGACCUUGUUGAACCACCAGGGGGAGACAAACUCCGGCAUGAUGGAGGUUACAGGGUCCAUGUAUGUGUAUGUCUGUGUCCAUGUCUAUGUGCACGUGUGUGUUCAGGUUCACAGUAAUGAUGACGAGUGUGCAGUGUGCAAGGAUGGAGGGGAGCUGAUAUGCUGUGACGGUUGUCCUCAAGCCUUUCACCUGACGUGUCUAGACCCCCCACUCACAUGCAUACCAAGUGGCUCUUGGCAGUGUCAGUGGUGCCACAGCAAAAACAUCAAGCAGGAGAAAGCAGAGCUAUCUUUGCAACCUCAGCAAAAAAACACCAACUCCAGCAACUCCACCAUAGACAUCUUCUUCUCCUCGCUGUCAUCUUCCGCUCUGUCCAGCAUCAAAACAGCUAAGAAUGGCCCGAGUAGCAGAAGCCAGUGCUCAGGUGGAGAGAUGGUCAGUGUGAGGGAGGUGUGUGGUGUUUGCCAUGUUGGUGGUGGAGACCUGGCUCACUGUCUGCAGUGUUUACAGAGCUACCAUGUACACUGCCACUUCUCCAAGGGCAAAUCCAUCUGCUCGUCCUGCUCCAGGCCCUGGAGCAGCUCUGCAGAGAAGGAGGCUGAAUCCAGAGUCGCACAGCUCUCCCAGGUGGUUCAGAGUGUACACAGUCAUGAGCAGACCCCCUCUCUUCCUGAGCCCGUCCUCCACAAGGAUGAACUCGAUUCCAUCCUGGGAGAGCCGAGCUCCAUUGACGGACUCUUGCAGUGGGCUUUCCACAACAUCUCGAGGCCUCACCUGGAUGCUCAGGGAUAUUACCAGUGA